UACGGCCGGAGACAAUCGUCACAAUCAGUUAACAAUUUAUCAUUAUCUCAUUAUCAUCAUCAAGAUUCAAGUUGGAUAAUUAAUCGUUUGUUGUUUAACAAAUACAACACUGUAUUUUAGUGUUAAAAUCAAAAUCAAAAUCAACAUCAACUGGAAUUGGAUAAUUCAUAGUAAAUAACAUAUUAUUUUAUUUUAUUAGUUAUUAUGUUACUUGAACAAAUAUAUAUUUAUUCAAAAAAAAACUAUUAUUAUUUGAAAUUACUUUAAACAUUUUGCAUUAUAUGUAUGCAUUAUAAUUGACAAUUUAUCAACAAUAUUAUUUUAGAUUUAUUAUUAUUGGAAAAUAAAUAAAUAGAGAGAGAGAGAGAGAGAGGAGCCAAAGGAUCAUUGACCAUUCGUCUGGUGUGUGUGAGUGUUGUGUGUGAUACAUAUUAUAAUAUUGAAUGAAAAUAACAACAAUUUAAAAGUUGAAAUAGUAAACAAAUGUUUGGUAGAGUUUAAAAAAGUUAUUUUAUAUUUUUGUAUUUUAAUUUGACUACUGAAUGUACGGACAUUAAUUGAUUGAGGAUAUUGAGGAUAUUGAGGAUAUUGAGAUAGACCAGUUAUUCAAGAUUUUAAAUAUUUAAAAAUAAAAUGGAAAGAACACUGACUGAAUUUGAAGAGAGUCUAUCGUUUGAUGUUGAUGAUCCUGACUUUGCUUCAACUGCAAGCUGUUUUAAAAAAUCAUCAAAAAAACUUCAUCAUUCUAGAACUUUGGAUGUUUACUGCAUAGCUGAUUUAACAGACGUCACCACAGAAUUUUCAAAACAAUUGAACAAUAUGUCGGCAACAUCAGUACAAACCGCAACAGAAACUCUCUCUCGACAUGGGAGCAAUAUAUCACUUUCAUGCCACAGUCUGUGUGGAAGUGUUGAUGAUAGCCAUCAAGAUUCACAUCCACAAUAUCAAGACACAAUUUUAACAAUCGAAGAACUUCGUGCUCAACUUAAUUCUUGUUUUACAUGUGGAGUAUCUUGGAAUCAAGAACAUGUCUCACUUGAUUGUAGUGAAUGUGGUGGUUAUUCACUUCAGAGACCUUGUCCAUUGUGUGAUGGACGAUGUCAUACCUCUUGGAAACGAGAUCUUACUAUGUCACAUGCUAGUGGCAAAGCAAGGUGGACAGGUGAAUGUGGCUUGAGUUGUGGUCCAUCACUCGAGGACAGUUUGGUGCCUGCAUUGGAAAAAUUACGAGCAUCAUUUUUUUGAGUCUGAUCAAUAAUAAAUAAAUUAUUGAAUUAUUGAAUUAUUAUUAUUUCAACAAUAGUUCAAUUAACAUUUAUACUUAUAUGUAUUUGUAAAUUAUGUUUAUAAAAAUCACACUUCAUUUUAAUUCUAAUUCAUUGUCUCGCCGAUUAUUAUUUUUAUUAUUUAUAUA